CAGAGACAUAGCUUCGAUCUUUUGUUUUACUAACUGGAACAAUGUUACCAAAGUUACGAUUUUCUGUGUGGUUUAGAAAACGGACUGCCGCUCCAUGUACACCAAAAGGUCUACUAAAUAUCUUGCCUAUCUUACUGAUUGCGUCAUACCUGGCUUUUAAUUUACUUUUAUCGGGAGGGGAGGAGCAAGGGAAGCGACCUUCAGCAUGGUCAGUUCCUUACUUACGAGGUCUCUCGGUUGAAAAGGUGCCAUUCUUGGUUCCUAGUCAGGCCCCUCGUAUUGCGAAAAAGUGCGGACCUGUACCAGGGCGUUUGCUUCCUCCAGGAGGGGGAAGGCUGGGAAACAUUAUGUUUGGAUACGCCGCCACGCUCGGCAUUUCUCGCCGAUUGGGAAUGACUCUUGUUCUGCCAUCUCACAGCAAGCUGUUUGACAUCUUUGAGGUGCAUGCAGAUACGAUUGUGAAUGUAACAAAGGCUAAACAAGGCAUCCGCUAUGAGCGAUUUGCAUCUGCCUAUGAUCCAAAAUUACUGGAAAUCCCGUGUGAUAAGGACAUUUUUGUUUGCUGUUCUCUACAAUCUUGGAAAUAUUUCACGGGCUAUGAGAAUGAGAUUCGCACACAGUUUCGAUUUCGUCCAAGCAUUGUAAGUAAGGCCCAGUCCGUCUGGGACUCAGUGAUUUUUCCUGCGACAAAGUGGAAUUCCUCCACCCUACUGAAAGACCAAGGAAGCAUGAGGGUGGGAGAACCCCGUGGGGCGGAAAGACCAGUCUUCGUGGCGGUCCAUGUCAGGAGGGGGGACAAGGCCCAUCAUAAACAAACUAUCAAAAUGGGUCACAGAGUAGCCAGUGAAGAAUACUUACAAAAUGGCUACCGUUUCUUCCUCAAUCGCUACAACAACAACGUCAUCUUCGUCGUCUCCUCGGACGACCAGGCCUGGGUGAAGAAGGUGUUGCCGUCAGGGAUCUCGGUGUUUGUGAGUUCUGAUCGGCCGGAGGUAGACAUGGCCGUGCUGAGCCGCUGUAACCAUACCUUGAUGACAGUGGGCACAUAUAGCUGGUGGGUGGCCUGGUUGGUCAAUGGCACCACUGUAUAUUACAAGCACUUGUUUCAACCUGGAUCGUACAUUGCCAAACACCACAACAACACGUUAGCAGACUGGGUCCUUCCUCAGUGGAUCGGCAUGGAGUAACAUAGGCCUAUUCACGUCAAAGGAAAAGACCGCAUAGCCUAAAAAAGUACACUUGGUACACAAUAUUGUGGCAAAAAUGCACAUAUACAUAAUUUUGUCUACCAGCAGUACACAAAUUUUGUAAUUUGUGCAACACGUGUAUAAGUGGUGCCGAGCACAGUCUGUCUGCCAGUGAUGCCCAAGUCAUUGUGGGCGUGCACAUUUGUACUUACACAUCUUUAGAGAGCAAACAUGUAGUCAGCAUCAACAGAAAUGCAGCUACAAACUGUGCCUAAAAUAUGUUUACUUUUUUCAGAUUUUUUCCUUUUGAAUUAGAUGCAGUCAAAUGUUCGAAUUGUAAAGUGGACUUUAUGGACCAUACUGCUAGUGGCAAGGUAUGCUCCGAGCUCCGACAAAAAGUUAAAAAAACAUAAUUUUCUCCCGGACUUUCUUUGGUUUCCCUUCCACCAAAAUACUGGCCGCCGUCGUAUAUGAGAAAUGUUUUUGAGUAGGCCUACGGUGUAAAACAGCAAAUAAAAAAAUAAAUAA